UAGCGAACACCAAUAUUGCAGCGAACAGUCAAAUCUGAGGAAGAUUAAUCUAUACCACCGCGUUGAUUUCUGUAAAUCCUUCUUUUUUUGAAGGCUCGCUGAGAAGUAAAACACCGGACCCCUUCGUCAAUCUCCGAGAAUGUUCCGGUCGAGCUUCACGCGCCGCGUUAUUAAAAGCGCUCGUGUCGUGACUCUUUUCGUUUACCUUUAAAUGGAAAACGUUUGAGCGACGCCGCGAUUGGUCCAGACGGCUGUCAAUCACCUGCGAAUGGGCGGAACCUUCGGGCCGCUGUUACCGACGGGAAAAUCAGCAGCGGAGCGGCGUUCGUCAAGAUCUGACCGACAGAACCGAGAAAUGGACCUAAAAUCAGCAUAAUGUCGGAUUCGUGAGGCUCUGGAGUUCGCGAACACCGAUCGAGUGUGUUUAAUGAAGAAGACCUCGAUGUUACAGGAAGCGGGGGAGGGAAGAGCCGCAACGACGCGCUAUUUUUAUCGUUACAUAUUAUUUGGACUCGGUAUGAGCUAAAGUAACGUUACCUUCGCCGUCUGUGUGCCUGUGGACCUGUCGUUUAAAGCGAAUAAACGGCCGUUAACGGACAGUAUCUCGCCCGUGAGGGAGCCAGCGCGAGCGGACGGAGCCGCGGGGCAACCCUAUGCCAUGGAUUUAAAAACCGCUGUUUUCAACGCCGCCCGAGACGGCAAGCUGAGGCUCCUCCAGAAACUCUUAGAGAACAAGAGCGAUCACGACGUGAUGAAGCUGAUGGCGGAGAAGACGAACGGAGCGACGCCGCUGCUGAUGGCCGCCCGCUACGGGCACCUGGAGCUGGUGGAGUACCUGAUCGAGUGCUGCUGCGCUCCGGUGGAGGUCGGCGGCUCGGUCAACUUCGACGGGGAGAUCAUCGAGGGAGCGCCGCCGCUGUGGGCCGCCUCGGCUGCCGGGCACCUGAAGGUCGUCCAGUCUCUGCUGGGUCACGGCGCCUCGGUGAACAACACCACUCUGACGAACUCUACCCCGCUCAGAGCCGCCUGCUUCGACGGACACUUGGACAUUGUCAGAUACCUUGUGGAGCACAAAGCGGACCUGGAAGUGGCCAACAGGCACGGACACACCUGCCUCAUGAUAUCCUGCUAUAAAGGCCACAAGGAGAUCGCACAGUACCUGCUGGAGAAAGGAGCCGAUGUCAACCGGAAAAGCGUCAAAGGUAACACGGCUUUACACGACUGUGCUGAGUCCGGGAGCCUGGAGAUCAUGAAGAUGCUGCUGAAGUACGGCGCCUCCAUGGAGAAGGACGGCUACGGGAUGACGCCGCUGCUCUCCGCCAGCGUGACGGGGCACACCAACAUCGUGGACUUCCUGACGCAGCACCCUCAGACGGGCCGGACAGAGCGCAUCAACGCCCUGGAGCUGCUGGGGGCCACCUUCGUGGAUAAAAAGAGAGACCUGCUGGGAGCGCUGAAGUACUGGAAGAAAGCCAUGGAUCUGCGGCACAGCGAGCCCAACCACAUGCUCCUGAAGGACGAGCCCAAGCAGCUGGUGCCGGCCUACGACUACAGCAAGGAGGUGAACUCAUUCGAGGAGCUGGACGGCCUGAUCGCUGACCCCGACGACAUGCGCAUGCAGGCGCUGCUGAUCCGAGAGCGCAUCCUCGGGCCCUCGCACCCCGACACGUCCUACUACAUCCGCUACCGAGGGGCCGUCUACGCCGACUCGGGCAACUUCGAGCGCUGCAUCAAGCUGUGGAAGUACGCCCUGGACAUGCAGCAGAGCAACCUGGACCCGCUCAGCCCCAUGACCGCCAGCAGCCUGCUGUCCUUCGCCGAGCUCUUCUCCUUCAUGCUGCAGGACCGAGCCAAGGGCCUUCUGGGGACUUCAGUGUCCUUCCAGGAGCUGAUGGAGAUCCUCAGCAAGAGCGUGCUGGAGAUCGAGCGUGCCGUCAAACAGCCUCGGCCAGGUCCGGAUCCGGCUCAGCUCAGCAAGGUGCUGUCCAUCAUCCUGCACCUCAUCUGUCUGCUGGAGAAGGUGCCGUGCACCGUGGAGCAGGACCACUUCAAGAAAGAGACCAUCUACAAGUUCCUGAAGCUGCAGGCGUGCGGUAAGAACGGCUUCAGCCCGCUGCACCUGGCCGUGGACAGGAACACCACCUGCGUGGGCCGCUACCCCGUCUGCAAGUUCCCUUCCUUCCAGGUGACCUCCAUCCUGCUGGAGUGUGGAGCGGACGUCAACUGCCGAGACGAGGACGACAACAGCCCUCUGCACGUGGCCGCCUCCAACAACCACCCGGACAUCAUGAACCUGCUGAUCUCCUGCGGCACGCACUUCGACAGCACCAACUCCCUGAAGCAGACGGCCUGCGACCUGCUGGACCAGAAGGAGCUGGCCAAGAACCUGAUCCAGCCCAUCAACCACACCACGCUGCAGUGUCUGGCGGCGAGAGCCAUCGUCAAACACGGCCUGGCCUUCCGCGGGAACAUCCCCGAGCGGCUGGAGGCCUUCGUGCUGCUGCACAGAUAGUGAGCGGCGUCAGAGCGGCCCAGCGCCGGCUCCCAGGUCUUCUGAACGCAUGGCGGCUCUCUCUGGACUCGAUUCUGAGCUUAGCUUUUAACAGCAGGUGGCGCUCUGCUCUGGUUUUUAUCUGAAUGCUCAUGAAAAGAUGAGGCCAGAUUAAACGCAGCCCACUUGUAAUUCACUUCGACCUUUUCAAAUUUUACGAAUGAUUAUUUUCUGUUCAGCGCGUGCAGGAUUUGUUCCUAAAGCGCACAGCGUUCAAAACUAAGCUCGGAAUCGACUCGAAUACGUUCGGAGAAUCUCUGAACGGAUGCGGAAUGGUUUCUGGAUUAUUUUCCCAGCCCUAGCGAGCAUUACCACGUGCUUGAUGUUUGCCGAUACCAUAAGUGCUUUUAUUCUUCCUAUGCACAGGCUGUAAUAUGGGACUGUUCUGUGUUACUGGGUUGUGCCACGUGUUCAUGCGAAUGCCUGUUUGUUUUUUGUUUUUGGUCUUCUCUUCCUCUCUGUCUCCUGAUCUUGACGGAACGGCCUGCUUGAGGAAACGCGUCUCUAUUGAAUGUUUAAUCUUUGAACCCAAACCAAACCUCCCGAUUGUUAUUGCACAGCACGUGCUGGCGUUUACAAACCAGUGAGAUGAUGAUGAUGAUGAUGAUGGUGAUGAUGAUGAUGAUGGUGGUGGAAUCUUCAGCUCUGUGUAGUUUAAGUUCAGCUUCAGCUACAUUUUUGCGGUUUGAACCCAAGGGCUUUGAUUCUCUUACAGGCACAAUACACUAGUAAAUAAAACAAAUGUACAGUUAAAGGACUUGCACUUUAUUGCAGUGAAAUUUGAUAUUCAUAUUAUGAUAGCAUAAAGCUUGUUGAUGUCCUUAGAGCAUAAUUGACAAUAAACCUCUGUUGCACUUGA